AUGAAUGGAGAUGACCAUUUUUCGUCGAAAAUUAGUGUUGGGGGAUUGUUGAAUACUGAUAAAGUAAACCUGGUCUGUCUAAUUCUUGACAACCUCGAAAUUUACCAUAAACACCAUCGCCAACUCCUUCGCUAUGUCCCUUCUGAGGCUGCUGCUCAGCUUUGUGAAGGGUCUCCAAAUGGAGCUGCUGUAGACGUUCAAAAUACUAAUGAUGUUCAUGCUGUGUUUGUUCAACAACAUGCGCAGCCUCCUGGAAUUUAUUGCAAUAAUUUACAGGUAGGUAUUCAAUUAAAGUUGAUAAGUGACGAAAUGGUGUUUAAAAAGAGAAAAUUAUAGCAUUUUAUGUACGAAUGUUCUCUUCACUCUAUAAAAAUGUUCUCUUCACCCUACUUUAGAAUGUUACUUUCACUCUACAAAAAAUGUUCCCUUCACCCUACAUUUAGAUAUUCUCUUCAUCCAACUUUUGAAUGUUCCCUUCACUCUACUUGUAAAUGUUCCCUUCACUCUACAAACAAAUGAUCCCUUCACCCUACCCUUGAAUGUUCUCUUUACUCUAGUUCAAAAAUGUUCC